CGGACCGAGCUGCCCACCGGGGCUGCCUCCAGCCUGAGCCGCCGCUCCGCCGGAGGAGCCGCAGCCCCGGCCCGGGGAGGGGGGCGGUUCCCGCGGGACAUUUAUAUAUUUUCCCCCCUCCCCCCCUUUUUUUUUCCUUUUUUCUUUUUUUUUUCUUUUUUUUUUUUUAAUUUUUUUUCAGUAUUUUUUUCCAUUUGGUUUUCAUCCGUGGAUAACGCUCGAGAGGAGCCGGGGGGGUGGGGGGAGCGCGGUCCCGGCGGGAAGGAGGCGAUGGAGACGCCGCGGGACCAGCGCGCAGGGGCUCGGCACGGAGCGCAGCGCCGGCACCAUCCAACUCCCCUGCAGCGCAGGAUGAACCCGCUGGCAUCCUGCCUGGGCCUGUGGCUCCUCUGCCAGCUCCCUGCCCUGGCCUCGGGGACACGUGCGAUCUACAAAGUGCAGGAGGAACAACCCCCCAACAGCCUCAUAGGGAGCCUGGCCUCUGACUACGGCUUACCGGACAUGGGGCACCUCUACAAGCUGGAAGUGGGGACCCCGUACCUCCGUGUGGAUGGCAAGACUGGGGACAUCUACACCACAGAGACCUCCAUCGACCGGGAGAGCCUGCGGGAAUGCCAGCACCUCCUGCCCGGAGAGCCCUGCUUCCUGGAGUUCGAGGUGUCCAUCACUAACCUGAACGCCAACAGCAGCCCACGCCUGCUCGAGGGGCAGAUCGAGGUGCUCGAUAUCAAUGACAACACCCCCAACUUCGCCUCACCUGUCCUCACCCUCUCCAUCCCUGAAAACACCAAUGUCGGGACGCUCUUCCCCAUCCCCCUGGCCAUGGACCGGGACUCGGGCCCCAACGGCGUUGCCUCCUACGAGCUGAUGGCUGGUCCAGAGGCGCAGGAGCUCUUUGGGCUGCAGGUGGCCGAGGACCAGGAUGAGAAGCAGCCUCAGCUGAUCGUCAUGGGGAACCUGGACCGGGAGCAGUGGGACUCUUACGAUCUGACCAUCAAGGUGCAGGAUGGGGGGAACCCCCCUCGGGCGAGCAGUGCCCUGCUCCGCAUCACCAUCCUGGACAUGAACGACAAUGCACCCAAGUUCGAGAAGGCACUGUAUGAGGCAGAGCUCUCCGAAAACAGCCCUGUGGGGCACUCCGUCCUCCAGGUGAAAGCCAACGAUUCAGACCAGGGCGCCAAUGCCGAGAUCGACUACUCCUUCCACCAGGCCUCGGACAUGGUGCGGCGGCUGCUGCGCCUGGACCGCGCCACGGGGCUCAUCACCGUGCAGGGCCCCAUCGACCGCGAGGACAUCGGCACCCUCAAGUUCUCCGUUGUGGCCAAGGACAAGGGCGCGAACCCAAAGAGCGCCCGCACGCAGGUGGUGGUCACCAUCAAGGACAUGAAUGAUAACGCACCCUCCAUAGAGAUCCGGGGCAUAGGGUUGGUCACCCACCAGGAUGGCAUGGCCAACAUCUCGGAGGACGUGCCAGUAGAGACAGCAGUAGCUCUGGUGCAGGUGUCCGACCGAGAUGAGGGUGAAAAUGCCGUGGUGACCUGUGUGGUGGCCGGUGACGUCCCAUUCCAGCUGCGCCAGGCCAGUGAGACAGGGAGUGACAGCAAGAAGAAAUACUUCCUGCAGACCACCACGCCACUGGACUACGAGUCGGUGAAGGAGUACACGAUUGAGAUCGUGGCCGUGGACUCGGGGAACCCGCCCCUCUCCAGCACCAACUCCUUGAAGGUGCAGGUGAUGGAUGUCAAUGACAACGCCCCUGUCUUCAGCCAGAGCUUCACUGAGGUGGCCUUCCCUGAGAACAACGAGCCCGACGAGCUGGUCAUGGAGGUGAGUGCCACUGACGCUGACAGCGGCUCCAACGCCAAGCUGGUUUAUUCCCUGGUGACAGAUCCCUCCUCCAAGGGCUCCUUCACCAUUGACCCUGACUCCGGGGAGAUCCGGGUGAAGGCGGUGCUGGACCGAGAGCAGCAGGAACGCUACGAGUUCUUGGUGGUGGCGGAAGAUAAGGGCAGCCCCAGCAAGCAGGGCACAGCGUCUGUGGCCAUCAACGUCAUGGACAGGAAUGACAACGACCCCAAGUUCAUGCUGAGCGGCUACAACUUCUCAGUGAUGGAGAACAUGCCGCCCCUCAGCCCCGUGGGCAUGGUGACAGUCAUUGAUGCUGACAAAGGAGAAAAUGCCCGGAUCCAGCUGUCGGUGGAACAAGACAACGGGGAUUUUGUCAUCCAAAAUGGCACUGGCACCAUCCUCUCCAGCAUCUCUUUCGACCGGGAGCAGCAGAGCACCUACACCUUCCGACUCAAGGCGGUGGACGGUGGGGAUCCCCCCAGGUCUGCCUAUGUGGGGGUGACCAUCAAUGUCUUGGAUGAGAAUGACAAUGCCCCCUUCAUCACUUCCCCUUCCAACGCCACCUACAAGCACAUCCUACCCCACACCAGCCCCGGCCAGCAGGUGAGCAAGGUCAAGGCGGAGGACAUCGACUCAGGCAUCAACGCCGAGCUGAUCUACAGCAUCACAGGAGGAAACCCCUUCGAGCUCUUCCAGAUCUCCCCGCAGAGCGGAGAUAUCACUCUGGAGAAGGAGAUCCUGCGCAAGCACCACGGCCUGCACCGCCUGGUCGUGCGCGUCAACGACAAGGGCAAGCCCUCGCGGCACGGCACGGCUCUGGUGCACUUCUACGUCAACGAGACGCUGGCCAACCGCACGCUGCUGGACACGCUGGUGGGGCACAGCCUGGACACCCCGCUGGACAUCGACAUCGCUGGCGACCCUGAGUACGAGCGCAGCAAGCAGCGGAGCAACAUCCUCUUCGGGGUCAUCGCUGGCAUUGUGGCUGUCACCCUGGUCAUCGUGCUGGUGGUCCUGGUGCGCUACUGCCGGCAGCGCGAGGCCAAGAGCGGCUACCAGGCGGGCAAGAAGGAGACCAAGGACCUGUAUGCACCCAAGCAGGCCAGCAAGAGCGGGAAGAGUAAGAACAAGGUGAAGAAGAGCAAGUCUCCCAAGCCACCCAAGCCCACAGAGGAUGAGGAGGAGACGGGGCUGCAGAAAUCGCUCAAGUUCAACCUCAUGAACGACUCCGUCAGUGACAGCCCCCGGAUCCACCUGCCCCUGAACUACCCUCCGGGCAGCCCGGACCUGGGCCGCCACUACCGCUCCAACUCGCCGCUGCCCUCCAUCCAGCUGCAGCCUCAGUCACCCUCUGCCUCCAAGAAGCACCAAGUGGUGCAGGACCUGCCGGCCACCAACACCUUUGUUGGCACCGGGGACAACAACUCGACGGGCUCCGAGCAGUACUCGGACUACAGCUACCGCACCAACCCCCAGAAAUACACCAACAAGCAGUUACCUCAUCGCCGAGUGACGUUCUCUGCAGCCAGCCAGGCUCAGGACCUGCAGGACCCCUCCCAGCACAGCUAUUACGACAGUGGGCUGGAGGAAUCCGAGACCCCCAGCAGCAAAUCUUCGUCGGGGCCCCGCAUCGGGCCCCUGGCCCUGCCUGAGGAUCACUAUGAGCGCACCACGCCCGAUGGCAGCAUCGGGGAGAUGGAGCACCCUGAGAACGAUCUCCGGCCUCUGCCCGAUGUAGCCAUGACUGGGACCUGCACCCGGGAGUGCACAGAGUUCGGCCACUCCGACACCUGCUGGAUGCCUGGCCAGUCCUCCCCCAGCCGCAGGCCCAAGAACGCCCUCAAACUCUCCACUUUUGUGCCUUACCAAGACAGAGGGAGUCAAGAGCAAGUCGGGAACGGCAGCCCCAGACUGUCAGAAGAGCGCAGCACCAAAAUGGCCAACCUCCGCCUGCUCCCCACGUACAGUGCCUUCUCCAAUAGUAGCCAUGAGCCCUGCAAGGACUCUCCCAUGGAGGAAAUUCCUCUCACCCAGACCUCGGACUUCCAGCCAGCCACCACCCCCUCGGCCCAGACCACCAAGAGGGAGAUCUACCUGUGAGGCUGGGCGUGAGGGGCAGGGAGCAGAGGCCAGAGGAACAUUUUCCACUUCGAUGCUUUAUGGCUCCGGCCGCUUCUCCAGGCAGGGGGCUCUGCGGGGAGCAGGGCAGGGCGAGGCAGGGAUGAGAGGAGCGCCUUUUUAACCCCGUGUUGCCCGGGGCUGGGGGUGGGUGGGGAGGGUGAAAAGCAUCCCAACCCCGAUUGCCGAGCAUCCCGAACUGCUGCCGGGGAGGGCUGGGCAGGCUCCUGGUGCGGAGGGCACGGAGAAGGGAGAGAAGGGCUUACGUACCAAAGGUCCACGCAGAGCUGGUGGAGUUCCUGGGGCAUAGGACGAGGAGUGUCCCCGAGCACGGGGAGCCAGCUGCCUGUCUCUUUGCUGUAGACUCCUGUAAAUACGAAUCUUAUAGGAAUGACAUUCAAGUCCUGCCUGAUCGCAACUUUUUAUUGUCCUUGAAACAAAAAAAAAAAAAAGACGUUUAAAGAGAAAACAAAACAAAACAAAA